CGCUAUCUUUCGCGGUUUCACUGCAACUUUGACUACUUCUUUCCUCUGUGUUGUUAUUCUUCAUCCAUGGCCGCUUGAACGUAGAUACGGUUCUAAUAUAGAAUCUUUAUUAAUCAAGUUAUAAUAUAAGUAGAAUUUGUAACAAAGAUGACGGAGCAAUUAAAUUUGAAAGGCACUUUACGUGGCCAUAACAAUUGGGUCACCCAAAUUGCUACUAAUCCCAAAUUUCCUGAUAUGAUCUUGUCAUCAUCAAGAGAUAAGACUCUUAUUAUGUGGAAGCUGACCAGAGAUGACAAUUAUGGUAUUCCCCAAAAACGAUUGAGAGGUCACGGACAUUUCGUCACUGAUGUUGUUAUGUCAUCUGAUGGACAAUAUGCCUUGUCUUGUUCAUGGGAUAAGACUCUAAGACUGUGGGAUUUGACUUA